CCACUUCCGGGUUCAACAUAGUCACACUUCCGGGUUAGAUAUUCGUGGCAGCUGAAGUUGAUUAGCUUGGGCAAUGACUGUGGACCCAGCUUCGUCUCUCCGUGUGUCGGAGAUAAAGGACCCCGUGGUUCUUUUCGAACGCUACAGCACAGAAGAAAUUCGAAGCAUAGAAUGUAAAGUCCGAGGGCAGAUCGAACAGAAGAAAGAGGAGCUUAGGCAGAUGGUGGGGGAACGCUACCGGGACCUGAUCGACGCUGCGGACACCAUCGGGGAGAUGAGGCACAGCUCCGGGAGUGUGGUCCAGUCCAUCCAAGACAUGCACCAGUACUGCCAUCUUCUCAAACAAGGAAAAAGCUGUGCGAGCAGUCGCAAUCCAGAGAGGCAGAGACAGGAGAAGUUCUACGCCAUGGCCUCCCAGAUCAAGCUCCUCUUGGAGAUUCCGGAACGAAUGUGGAGCGCCAUGGAGGCCUCCCAGUAUCUGCAGGCCACUCAGCUCUACCUUCUGUGUUGCCAUCUUCACAGUCUCCUCCACCUGGACGCCGCCACGGGGACUCACUACAGUCCCGUCCUGGCCCGUUUCCCCAUCAUUGUGCGGCAGGUGGCCGCAACUGCUAACUUCAGGUCCACCAUCCUCCUUGACAGCAAGUCUCUGCUACGGGGUCGGGCGGUGUCAGACCAGGCCAUCGCAGAGGCUCUGCUGUCGGCCAUGCUGCUGGAGGACAGCUCUCCACGCCAGGCGCUUGCUGAUUUCUUGUUGGCCCGAAAGGCCUCCAUCCAUCAGUUGCUCAACCAGCCCCAACACGGGGCAGGUGUGAAGGCCCAAGUGUGCAGCCUGGUGGAGCUGCUGGUGACCACGCUGUUUCAGGCCUACGCUGUUUUCUACGUGCCCUCAGAUGGAAGCCCCAGGUCCGGGGAGGCCACCCUUAGCUGUGGCCUGCUCUUUUCCAUUCUGGAAAAUGUCACCUCCUCUACACCUGCAGCUGGAGGCAAGAGGGUUCUACAGGAGGACACGAGUACAGGCAGCUGGUUCAAGUACCUGCCCCCCUCCAUCACAGACUUCCAGCCCACACUUCGUACCCUAGCACAGCCCAUCCACAGGGAGCAGCUACGUGACACCUUACAGCAGUGGAUUGAUACGUGUAAGGAGGACAUCUGCCAGGGGGUUAGUGGCCUCCUGGUCUACGUUAAGAGCCUGAAGGGCCUGGCAGCCAUUCGAGACGCCGUAUGGGACCUCCUGUCCACGGACUCCAUCAACCAGCACUGGAACACAGUGUGUCAGCGGCUGCUGGAGCGCCGCCUGGCCGUCUGGGAUGACUUCCUGCAACAGCUCUUUCUUCAACGCUUGCAGACUAUCACCAAAGAGGAGACUGAAGCCAUCUCCAUGAGCUCUGUGCAGCUCCUCACCUCAGCUGUGAGGGAUCUAGAGGAACAGACCGGCACCGCCUGCAACCAGGUGGCCCAGUACGAAGUAGACGUGGCCUCCUACUUGUGGUCGGAGUCUGCGGGGGACCUGCUGAGUGAUGCAGGGUGGGUCAGCGUGAACCAGCGGGGGCAGCAGCAGCAGCAGAGAAGCGGUCUGGCCAUGAAGACCCAGGCCCUCACGCCCUGUGUUCAGAACUUUUGCUCCUCUCUGGACGGCAAGCUGAAAGAACGACUCGAUGACCUCCAGCACUACCUUCCCUCCCAAGAAGCAGCUGUUGUGCCAUCCUCCGGACCCACCAAGAGCUCGUCGUCGCCGUCCUCCUGCCAUCGCUUCACAGACUCGCCGGCAGUGGAGGAGGCGUUACGUGAAGGCUGCCGUGCCUGCGUUCACCGCAUCCUCUCUGCCGUGCGCUCGGAACUGGCCGCUGCGACGCCCGAUCCCAGCCCGGCUCGCCUGAGUUCGGUGCUCUUCAUGGCAAGGUUGUGCCAGUGCAUGGCCGACCUGUGUCCCAGCAUGCAGCUCUGCAUUUUUGGACGCCAGAGUGGGUGCCAGGCCAUGGCCGCGGUGACGGGCAGGCAGGGCAAGAAGUUGGGGAAAGCUCGGGCGACUGUGGAGGUCAGUGCCACUCAGGUAAAGUGGGCAGAGCUGAAGGAGGAGCUUCUCAAAUGCAGCAUGGAGGCCUACUGCAUCUGGAGCGCCGCGCUCUCUAAGACCUUGCUGGACACGUUCGGCACCGCCCUCCGUGCAGCACAGUCUGCCGGUGCCGUCUUGACAACAGCAACAAACUGGGAAGCUCUGGAGAUCCAAGAAGAGGCGGAGUCGGGCAGCAGCGUUACAUCCAAAAUCCGCGUUCCUGUCCAGCCAUCUUGGUUUGUCCAGUCGCUGCUGUUCCAGCUGUGUGUGGAGGUCAACAGGGUGGGGGGGCACACACUGCCAGCGCCCACCCUGCGCCAGCUCUUGCAGGCGUGUCUGGAUCGGGUUUUACAAGAGUACCUUGGCCUCAGGCAGCAGGCGCCCAAGGAAGACGGAUGUCCCAUCACCCAGAACAGAGCCUUGCAAAUGAUAUUUGACCUUUCUUAUCUUCACGCCACCUUGGCCGCCAAAACGGAUGAAAGCAAGAGCUCCAGAUCCCCGCAGGACCCCAGAAUGCAGGAGGUCUGCGAUUGGCUGGAGAGCCACAUUGACCCCUUUGACCUUGACGUGUUCACGCCGCCGCUCAAUGCCAACCUCGGCCGUCUCCGCCAGAGGACGUCGGUGCUGUUUGGCUUGGUGACGGGCUCGGAGAAACACUUUUCCCUGCGGAACAGCAGCGUGACCUCACAGGAGCCGCACAACAUCCUUCCGCUCACCAACAGCCAGAUGAGGUUCGGGUUGUUGCCGCUCAGCGUGUCCAGUGUGCAUAAAUCCAAGAUGGCCACCACAAACACCAAUACUCAGCUGCAGGCUCCUCCCCCUCCUCGCUUCCUCAGUGCAGACGGGCGGGAAAGCUUCAGGCCAGGCAGUCUCUUCCGCCAGCUCGCGGAUCAGGAAGAGGACGCCACCUCUUCUUCUUUAUUCCACCUCAGCUGGCUCUCUGCCAUGGCCAAAUAAAGACAUCAUACUAGAUUAUUACAUCAUGCUAGAUUUAAUACACAUUUGGAAGAAAACAUAAUUGAUGAUUUGGUUUGUGUUUAUGUACACUGAGUUAAGUGUACACAUUUUCCCCAAGUGAGGGCCAUUUACUCAGAAAUGAAAAAAGCUGUAUGUGAAAUAUUAAAUUAUUUU